GUCCGUUCGCCUUGCUGCGCUAAACUUCCGUUUGACUGGAGCAACGUCGAGCGUAUUUAGUCGAAGUGGGAAAACGCAUUAUUUCUUUCUAUCCAAGUUCGUAUCGUCGACCAGGCAGUCAUGUCUAGUCGGGAAGCCCUCAACAUGAAGCUCCCGCCGAUCCAGUCCACGGCCGGAGCCGUGCCGAUCCGGAACGAGAAAGGUGAGCUCUCCAUGGAGAAGGUGAAGGUGAAGAGGUAUGUGUCAGGUAAACGUCCAGACUACGCACCGAUGGAGUCGUCAGAUGAGGAAGAAGAGGACUUCCAGUUUGUGAAGAAGGGAAAGGAAAUGGAGCCGGAGGUAGAGCUGGAGGAAGAGGAGGUGUCCGACCCACGUCUCAAACGUCUGCUCAACCGUGUCUCUGAGGACGUGGAGGAGAGGCUGGCGAGACACAGGCAGAUCGCAGAGCCUGAAGUUGUUGCUGAGAGCAGCGAGGACUCUGAUGAAGGCACGUGGCACCCGGAGCGUGAGGAGAGCAGCGAAGAGGAAGAGGAGGAAGAAGAAGAAGUGGAUGAUGAGGAAAUUGAGAGGAGACGAUCGAUGAUGCGGCAGCGAGCCAUGGAGAGGAAGAACGAGGAGAUGGAGGUCAUGGAGGUGGAGGAGGAAGGGAAGUCAGGGGAAGAGUCAGAGUCUGAGUCUGAAUAUGAAGAAUACACAGACAGCGAGGACGAAGCAGAGCCGCGACUCAAACCCGUCUUCAUCCGCAAGAAGGACAGAGUCACGGUGGCAGAGCGUGAAGCAGAAGAGCAGAGGCAGAGAGAGCUGGAGGCCGAAGCCAAGAGGCAGGUGGAGGAACGACGGCGCUACACCCUCAAGAUUGUGGAGGAAGAAGCCAAGAAGGAGUUUGAGGAGAACCGGCGCACUCUGGCUGCUCUGGACGCCCUGGACACGGACGGAGAGAACGAGGAGGAAGAAUACGAAGCCUGGAAGGUCAGAGAGCUGAAACGCAUCAAGAGGGACAGAGAGGCCCGAGAAGUCAUGGAGAAGGAGAAGGCUGAAAUCGACAGAUUCCACAACUUGACGGAGGAGGAGCGCAGAGCCGAGCUCCGCAACAGCGGCAAGGUCGUCACCAACAAAGCCUCCAAAGGCAAAUACAAGUUCCUCCAGAAGUACUACCACAGAGGAGCCUUCUUCAUGGAUGAAGAGGAGGACGUGUACAAGAGAGACUUCAGCGCUCCGACUCUGGAGGAUCACUUCAACAAAACCAUCUUGCCCAAAGUCAUGCAGGUCAAAAACUUUGGUCGGUCUGGACGCACCAAAUACACCCACCUGGUGGACCAGGACACCACGUCGUUCGACUCGGCCUGGGCCCAGGAGAGCGCUCAGAACAGCAAGUUCUUCAAGCAGAAGGCAGCGGGCGUGAGGGACGUGUUCGACAGACCCACGGUGAAGAAGAGGAAGACUUAAGAUGGACACGAAAAGACAUGGCUAGUGCAGCUGCAGAGACUGAUCUGCAUCCUGGAGAGUCCAGGGAUGCUAACUCUCUAUUCCAUGGAAGGAAAUCAGCAGAUUGACUGAUUUUACCACUUUGAUGAACUGUUCAAUCACCAGGAAGCUGCAGCGUCAGUGUUGGCAACUCAAAGCCUACUUACAGGGAGUUUCUCUGAAGUGGGGCGUCUGAGGUACCCAGUGUUGGUCACAGGAGGUCAGCAAGCAAGCAGUAAAAUGCUGUGAUGUAUUUAAACCACAUUAAAGAAAAUCAGUACGUCUGAGUGCAUUCUAUAGUUGAAAUAUUUUCACUGCUUUACCUCAGAAAGCUCUUCCCUUUCACACAUUUUCAGCUGUGGAACUUGCACAUAAGCACCCUGCAUUACAUGGCACAAGUGUACUUGUGCAUAGUAAUGUGGUAGUUCUAUGUUGUGACAAAGGAAAGCGCUGUUUGAUCGCAAGAUAGUGAGAAUAUUCUAUAUAUAACAUUGAAACAGACUUUUUAGGUGAUUAAAAUACAUCAGAAGACACCAAGUACUUCAUACAGCCCCACUUCAGAGAAACUCCACUAUUGGUUGACAUGCAGCUGGUCAUGUGGGUUUUUAGCUCAAGAUUUCUAUCCUCAGAAGCUACUAACCUGGAAAACUCCCAGAUUCUCCCUCAAGUUUAAACACAGCGGCUUGUAAAUAAUCAGCUCGUAACGACAUUUAGUACGCAGACUCUCCCUGUUUUGUGAAACUACAGGUGUUGUAACUCGAUUUGUUUGAAUAAAACUUGUAUCUACA